GAAGUAUUUUGCGAUCCUGCGGACUUUCCAUGUUUACGCAGCUAUCAUGUUGUGCCGCUGGACGGCAGCGUGGCGCUGCGGAAGCCCUGGAAUUUAAGUUGCCAAAAAACGCGCCAUGUGCGCUUGUUGACAUUUUACGUGAUCGUCGGCUAGCAUGGAUCAACGACGUGCGUCGUUAGGCGCCGUUGUCGCGACGCUCGUGACGGGCAUUCUAGACAGUAGCAGUAGUAGUAGCAGUAGUGACAGUGAGGAAGAACUUAUACUGCAUGAACUGUUGAGUGUCGCAAAUGAAACUCACGUACCGAGGCUGGGUGAAUGCGUCGAGAAAGCCCUGUUAAAAGACUCAGACGAAGAGUUCUUCCAGGAUUUCCGGAUACGUCGUAACGUGGUUCUGCUACUAAUUAAACGGUACGCGCAGUCAAGUUUCUAUGUCCCGCGUGCUGACCAUGGUGGAUGUCCGCAGAAAAGCCCCGAAGAACACAUUCUUUGCUUUCUUUGGUACGCUACCAACAAGGUGUGCAUCAAAGAAGUUGCCAUUCGCUUUGGCAUAAGUGAAAGCACAGUUCAUGGCAUUACAGAAAGGUUGCUAGAUUACUUAUGCAGCCUCCUUCCAAAAGAAAUAUGUUUUCCUGAAGACCUGGACUCACUUGUAGAUGGCUUUAAGCAGCUUGCCGACUUUCCGGGAGUUGUUGGCUGCAUUGGAGGGACGCGCAUCAACACACGCAGUCCAGUCCACUCCCAAAAAGCACCUGCAUCCAAUGGGCAGGACUCUGCAUCUGUCAUUCUGCAAGCAGUAUGCGACAGCAGCUGCCGUUUUAUAGAUGUCUUUGUCGGACCGCCUGGAGACUUUGAACUAGAAAGUGUCUUCCUCGCAUCACCUUUAGCUGAAGAGCUUCCGUACUGGUGCCAGGACAAAUACCACCUUUUGGGUGAUGGGGGCUACCCACUGCGUGAAUACUUGCUCACCCCGUAUGACGGUAAUGCCACAGACUGUGCUAAACCUUCUGAAAUGGUAUUCAACAAGCGACAUGACAAGACCAGGACCAAGAUAGCCGACACCUUCAGGCUUCUAAGGCAGCGAUUCAAGCAGCUGCAUUUCCUGGAAUUUGUGACGGCAAACAAGAUGCGCAGGUUUAUCAUGGCUUGCUGCGUUCUUCAUAAUCUCUGUGUGCAAGCUGGGGAUGUCGAACUGGAUUUUGAGUGCCUGGACACCGAUAGUGGUGUUGUAAGCACAUGCAGCGAGUUGGACACAGAGGCAGAGGAAGAAGACGAGAGGGAGCUUGGCAGUUUGAAGAGAGACAAACUUGCUCUAAGUUUCGUGACAUAAUUGCUCUUUUCUUUUUUUUGCAAAUUUUCUAAUUGUACAGUGAAUAUGGAAAUUUAGUGAGCUCAUGGAUAUUUAUAGUGUUGUAAUGACAUGCUGCAAAUCACAUGAAAGCAGAUGACGAAAGUUAAGCUGAUUGUUGGAGCAGAAAGGCUUUCAGGGGACUUUUUUUCACACUUGUUCACCCUGUACAUUCUUUAUUUCACUUGCAUGUACAAUAUCAAAGUAACACAUUGCUUUACUUUUUUUUUUUUACUUUGGACGUCUUUCAUGUGCAAGUGCACUGGUGCUGCCUGCAGUUGAAGAAUCAGUGUAGUUGUUCUUUGGUCACUCAUUUUAGUAUAUUUAAGCCUCCAAUAAAGAGUUACACAAUGACCAGUUCCUGACCUAGCACUUGUCAAAUGCCACUGUGCAUAGCACAACUGGGUCAUAUAUAUAUAUGUUUGUGCACAAACUCCUGUUCCACUUCUAAGCACAGUAUCAGGUAUGAAUUUCCUGUCUGUUAUCCUAUAGCUGUCUAGUAUUGCUGUUGUUUUCCUCUGCUAUGCAUGCUACCACUUCAAAAGCAAAUUGAGAACAGUGUUUGGUCUAACUGCUGUGUAUUCAUUUUCUCAGUAAUACGCAUGUGCACCUCUUUUAGAAUAGUUCCAAGGUCACUGUGCGCAUGACUGGAGGUGUGCGGAGUGGUGCGAUGGUGGUCCUGUGGCACUGUUGAGGGCGAAGCUGUCGAGGGCAAGAGUUGUGUUCGCUGUCCAGCGCUUUUGAGCACAGAGUGGUACUAGCCCAACUUCAUGGCUUGGAGUCAGCUGUGCUCACGCCUGAAGUCGUGAAAGAAAUUGUAAAUGCUUGUGUAAUGCAAACAUGUUCCACACAGUGAUAGCUUGGCAUGUGCUUUUUAUGAACUGCUUUUACUUACA